AUGGAAAAACUUAUCUUUGCAUUAGUUACAGCAGCCCGCAAGCUCAAACCGUACUUCCAAGCUCAUACGGUAAACGUCCUGACUGACAAGCCCUUACGGCUGGCAAUGAGCAAUCCCGAGGCUGCGGGUCGAUUGGCGUUAUGGGCUAUAGAACUGAGCGAAUUUGAUAUUCAGUACCACCCACGGACCGCCAUCAAGGGGCAGAUCGUCGCCGACUUUAUAGCUAAAUUCACUCAUGACGAAGACAAGGGGGUAGCAGAGACGACGGCAAGAACACCCACAGGAAAGACACCGUUCCGACUGACAUACGGAGGUGAAGCAGUCAUCCCGGCCGAAGUUGGGCUCACAAGCUACAGGGUGCACAACCAUGAUGAGAACAAAAACGACGAGGCUAUGCGACUACAGCUCGACCUAGUGGACGAGAUUAGAGCAGCAACAGAACAAAAGCUUGCUAGGUACCAGGACCGCAUGGCCAAACACUACAACUCUCAGGUCCAACAUAGAGACUUCGAAGUUGGAGACCUUGUUCUUAGAAAGGUCAUGGGCGCCGCUAGGGACCCUACCUAA